AGAUCCUGAUUCUGAACAGAUCAACCAACAACCUGACAGCAUCAGCACCUCCAGCAGCACCCUUCCCACCUGAAACAACAUGAGGGCAUCUCCCAAACCCGUCCACAUCCAUCCAUGUUCGGUGGAUCUCGGACGUCUGGUGUUCUCCUGAAUUCUCCGGCGGGCGUGGCCUUCCACUGUGAGGAGGAUGCGCUUCCCUUUAAAGAAGAUACGCAAGCAGUUCAAGCUCCUCCUGCUCCUCGUCCUGCUCAUGUUCGGCAUCGGCUUCACCUACCUGCACGUCAUCCAGGGCAGGGCCGGCAAACUCCACUCCGGCUACGGCAAAGAUAUGGAGAAGCAGACUGAAGGUUUGGACUCUCACCAAAAACCGGCUCCUCACUCCUCCUCGACUCACCAAGACGCCGGUGACUCCAGUGACGGGGACGAGGAUGGCACACAGCGAGGUGACGAGCUCGGCGAAUCCGGGCAGGAGAGCCGCGGCAGGACGGAGAUCCGAAAGCUCCUCGGCCAGACGUUCCUUAAGUUGCCGUGGAAACCAGAGUACAAAGGCCGGGCCAACCUGCACGUGUUCGAGGACUGGUGCGGCUCCACCGUGUCCCAGCUCAGGAGGAACCUGCAUUUCCCCCUGUACCCCCACGCCAGAACCACCGUGAAGAAGCUCGCCGUGGUUCCAAAGUGGAAGAAUUACGGCCUCCGCGUCUUCGGCUUCAUUCACCCUUAUAAAGACGGAGAUUUUCAGUUCGCCAUAUCCUCAGACGAUAAUUCCGAGCUGUGGCUGAGCCCUGACGAGAAUCCACUCAAUGCCCGGCUCCUGGUGUACGUGGGUCAGCGUGGCACAGAAUGGACGGCGCCAGGUGAAUUCAGCAAGUUCAGAUCCCAGACCUCCAAGUCUGUACGCUUGAUGACCUCCAGGCGAUACUACUUCGAGAUCUUACACAAGCAGGACGACAGGGGCUCGGACCACGUGGAGGUCGGGUGGAGGCCGUUCCUGCCUGAUACCAAGUACGACAUCAUCGACUCCGCCCAUAUCUCACUCUACACAGACGAGUCGAACCUGAAGAUGAACAGUGUGAAACACAUCCCUCAGACCUUGGCCAGCCACGCCCUCUUUCCCCCGACGUCCCACAGCGUGAACACGCAUAACGCCGACAUCCUCAGCCCAGACCCGCGAGACACCUUCUACAAAAUCCCCAUGAUGGAUGGAUCCAGGCUGGAGAAGGUGCUGCCGCCCUGUGUGUACUCCCCCACCUACAUAGUGAAGGAUUUUCCCAUCGCUCGCUACCAGGGCCUGCAGUUCGUGUAUCUGUCCUACGUCUACCCUAAUGACUUCACCAGACUCACUCACAUGGAACGAGAGAACAAAUGCUUCUACAGAGAAUCCCCAGCGUACCUGGAGAAGUUUGGUUUCUAUAAAUACAUGAAGAUGGACGAGGAGAAGGACGACGGGCCGCUUUUCUUUCCCAAUCCUGAUGAUUUUCUGGAGGAGGAGGAGGGUGUCGAUCCUGAAGAAGACUCUGUUCACUCCAGUCAUCACUCAGUCAGAAAGACCAGUAACACCAGUACGUCUGAUCUGCUUACAAGCUCCUCGUUCAGCUCCGUUUCCAUUAGCAGCGAUAAAGUAAAACACAGAGACUCGGUCCGCGCGGACGGGUACUCGCGGCGAAAAGGGAGACGAGCCAGGAGGAGAAGGGUGGACGGAGAAGAGCGAGGGAGGGACGGCGGCUUUAAUAAACACCUCCCGAAAACGGAGUGGCGUCGUGACGUGGCGUCAGAGCACGACGAAGAUCCAGAUGAACCGAAACGACCCCGGACCCGCGGGCGCCGGUCUUUAUUGUGGAGCUUUACAGCACAGCAGAGUUCCCGUUCACAUUCCUUAUAUCAUUUGGCCAACAUGAUUCUGAAAAAUGCAGCUCGUCCGGCAGAGACCAGAACAAACAAAAUUCACGCCACCAGACGCCAGCCAGUGAGAUCUAGGCCUAAGCCACCGAUGGAGAUCUUCCCUGGAGUCUUUGUGUACCAAACGUCAAGGGGCAAAAAGAUCGUGGACCUCAGUUCAAGCUGGAAAUUUAUAAAAAAGCGAGCCGCUUCUCCUUUCUGGAUGAAUUUCUCUUCCGUGGAUCAUAAACCCACCACACAGCGGGUCAGAAUAAAUCCUCCACCACAGACUGACCCCUUCAGCACGCCUGCGUCCGGCCCGACCGUGAACUCGUCAGAAAUCGGCAGCACCAAAACCUCGGAGAUGGACGACGAGUCCCGGCAGAGACAGGAGAGCAGACGGGGCGAGGGCGUGGCAUCGGAAUACGGCUACGAGGACGAGGAGCCCCGGGCCGGGUGGGCGGAGGGGGCGAUCGACUGGCAGCGCACCUUCAGCGUGAACCCGCUCGACUUCGAGCUGCUCAGGUCCGACUGGAACGACCUGCGGUGCAACGUGUCCGGCAACCUGCAGCUGGGUGAGGGCGAGGCGACGGACCUGGUGGCUCAGUACGUGCAACGAAUAAACCAGCACAACGGGGGGAUUUUCACUCUUGUGCGCGUGGUGAACAUCGAGAAGCGCAGGGACCCGGCGCGGGGGAGUCGCUACCUGGUGGAGGUGGAGCUGAUGGAGGCGGGGAAGGGCGUGGUGCGUCUGUCCGAGUACGUCUACCUACUCCAUCGGCACGGCCGCCGCGACGAGCUUGUAGGCAGCAAGGAGAGCGCCUCGACCGCCGCCCCACCCGCGCCCUCCAAAUCGCCCACCGCCAGCUCCGCCGCCCAGUCUCGUGCCUCCACGGCCUGGAGGGGGCGCUGGCCCAAGCCUCUGCUCUGCCGACCCGCCGUGCUGCAGUGGAGGAACGACGUCACGGUCCACAUUGUAGUCCCAGUGAAGAACCAGGCUCGCUGGGUCCAGCAGUUCAUCUCUGACAUGGAGCUCCUGCACAGAGAGACCGGGGACGAGAACUUUAACAUCAUCAUGGUGGACUUCGAGAGUGACGACAUGGAUGUGGAGCGGGCGCUGAGGGACAGCACCGUGCCCAGGUAUGAGUACCUGAGGCGAGAGGGGAACUUUGAGAGGUCCUCCGGACUGCAGAUGGGGGUGAACACCAUCACGGAGAGCCACAGCAUCGUGUUCCUGUGCGACCUGCAUAUCCACUUCCCCCCGAGCAUCCUGGAGAGCGUCAGGAAGCACUGCGUGGAGGGCAAACUCGCCUUCGCCCCCAUCGUCAUGAGACUGGACUGUGGGAGCUCACCCUUCGAGCCAAACGGUUACUGGGAGGUGAACGGUUUCGGCCUGUUUGGUAUUUAUAAAUCAGAUUUCGAUAAGAUCGGUGGGAUGAACACGGAGGAAUUUAAGGACCGCUGGGGAGGAGAGGACUGGGAGUUCCUGGACAGGGUUCUGCAGAACGGUUUGGAGGUGGAACGACUGAGACUGCGUAACUUCUACCACUACUACCACUCCAAACGGGGCAUGUGGAACACUCCCCUCAACAAAGCCAGACAGGGCUAGGUGACCGUGGUGCUGCGGUUCAGUCCUCUAGAGCACGCCGGAGCUGCCGGGCGAGUCCAAAGCACCGCUGUAGAUCUGCUGCAGCACAGAGGCACUCAUGGACUCGGGUUUGAUGCUGCCAGGCUGGAUUUCCAAGGUUAACUCGAGUAUUGGGAGGAUUUUUUUUUUGUACCUGGGAAUAUUUGAAACACUUAAAGGGCAGAAAGUCGAGAUAUUAUGGACACUUUUAUUUUGCAGAAGCCAGAAUGAGCUCAGGUAUUCUAAUGUGGUAGAUGGAACAGUGUGAUAUUAGGGUAAAUAUAUAAAAAAAGAUUCAAAUGGUGCUUUUAAGGACGUUAUUUAUCUUUUGAAUCCAGGGCAAGGAACGUCGCUGUCUCCUUUUUUUUUGUUUUCAUCACUUCGUCUCUGAUCAUUUUUAUAUUAUUAUUAUUAUUAUUAUUAUUGUUCUCUUUCUGCCCUUCUCAGAAUGUGUGAAUAAUUUUCCAUGCACAGUUGUUUGUAUUUCAGAUAGAAAGGUGCCAAAAUGCUGAGAUGCUGCCGGUAAAUCAGUUCUGUCCAUGUUUCCAAGUGCACUACAUGGACAAAAGUAUCGGGACGCCCCUUCUGACUAUUGACUUUAUGUGUUUCAGCCACAACAGUCACUAACAGGUGUAAUAAAUAAAUUCUAUGAAGGAAACAGUUUAAGGAAGGUCCUGCACAGAGUCCUGACCUCAGCCGCACUCAACAGCUUUGGAAUUUUUUUGAAUGGGCACAAAUUCCCAUACAUAGACAUACUUAGCCUGCUCAGAAGAGCAGCUGUGGUUCUAGCUGAAAAGGUUUAUUUUAAUACCAUUUGUUUUUGUAACCGUUCAGGUGUCCAAAUACUUUUGACCAUAUAGCAUAUAAAGAGGUCAUAUAGAGUAAAACAAAACAAAAAAGUAUUUUGCUCGUGGUUCCAUGUUUGAAGGAUAAUUUCUGUGAAAUUGUUUGUAGAGGAUGUAAAUUUCUCUCCUUUUGCUUUAUUUUCUUAUUUUGAAGAAUAAACGGAGUUUAAGACGC